AUGGUACGAAACUACUUUGGUGAUGAUAUGGCUGAGCGUAUUCUGGCCAUUCCCAUUUGUGAUUCGGGAGGGGGUGACCAGCCCGAGCUCAUGAACCUGCAUGGGGGUCGGACGGUGACCUCUUUGGCUUACCGUGCUCGAUUGGGUGGUACGGCGUACGCCUUCUUGUGGAUUAGGAAAUUUAAACUUCAUCCAAGGGAGAACAUGUUUUGGUGGAGACUUCUUCGUGAUGCCAUCCCCACCAAUGUUUGGCUUUUGAGAAGGAACCUGGAAGAUUGCAGUCGGUGUCCGUGGGGCUGCAAUGAGGAUGAAAAUCGGGACCACUGCACUGUAUCUUGCAGAUUUUUGAAGUCCAUUCUUAUGCAGUUGGAUCGGUGGGGCUAUACUAUGCCGGCUGCUACCUCUUUUGAUGACAUGCUUCGGAUCCUUGAGGAGCUGGCUGGGUGUAAUCCUGGUUUGGGUAAAAUUUAUUGCUCGGCUGUCUAUCAUGCAUGGCGUGCCCGGAAUGACAAAAAGCAUGGCCGUAGCUGGGGAUCACCGGCGGUUGUGGCUGCUACGAUCCUGGGAGCGAUUCCUAAAACUCACUUGAUGCCUUUUGUGGAGCCAUGGCACACCAAUCAGCCGCUUCGGCUGUCCGAUCCCCUUUUAUGGUGCGUCCCCCCUCCAAAUUGGCUCAAGUUCAACUUUGAUGCUUCCUUGCUCUCGUCGAAUCUUGCUGGAUUGGGCCUUGUGGUCCGUGACCACUGUGGCAACUUGAUUGUGGCUACCGGCCAACAGGUUGAACAUUGGGACGUUGCCACUGCUGAGCUCCUGGCGGCUUGCACUAUUAAGGAUGUCCUCGAGGAUUGGAUGAUGGACCGUGCGGGUAUUAUCAUUGAGGGCGAUUGCUCCAAUAUUAUUGAGUGGUUUCAGCAGCUUCGCCAUCCCCACCACAAUAUGCAUCGCUGCCGUGAUGGGCCGGACCUCUCUUUUUUGUCUCUUUUUCCGCAAGUGCUUUUUAAGAGGGUGCCUAGAUGUUGUAAUAGGGCAGCCGACUUUUGUGCUAGUAGAGCGCUUGAGGGGAAUUUUGUUUGGAAAAAUGUAUGGUGUGAUGAUGUCCCUCCCACUUUUGUCUCUUUACUUAGGGAGGAAAGUGUGAGUGGCUAG